AUGGCUGCUCCCGUCGCAAAGUCUGGUAUCAUCUACGGUCCCAACGCUGGCCACAUCACCGCCCGCCGCGAGCUGAAGCCCCGCCCCGCUACGGCCAAGUCGAGCAACAAGUCCAAGCACAACACCUUCGUCCGUGACCUGAUCCGCGAGGUUGCUGGCUACGCUCCCUAUGAGCGCCGCAUCAUGGAGUUGCUGAAGAACUCCCGCGAUAAGCGCGCCCGUAAGCUCGGCAAGAAGCGUCUCGGCACCCUCCGCCGUUCCAAGAGAAAGGUCGAUGAGCUGUCGUCCGCCAUCGCCGCCGCUCGCCGCCACUAA